CACGAGUAAGUAGGAGCGAGUCAGAAAUAGAAGUGUUAGAAACCGUUCAUGUGUCAGGUAGCCAAAAAUAGGCCCAAAAAAUUAAGAAAAAAAGCAACAUAACCCAGAAAAGCGGAGAAUUUUUUUGUGGUGAGCUUACAGCGCAGGUGAGCUAGGAGUACUACAUUCUGAUGUGGUUCGCUGUAGCACUAUUAAUCGUACAACAGAUGUGACUGUUUUUGAGUGAAUUAAUGCCUGAAGUGCAUAGUCUGCUGUCUCGAGAGCUUCAAUAUUACAGAAACGGGUAAUUCCGAAUGGGUGAGGCAAUACCGACAGGCGGAUCAAUCGGUUCGGAUUAGGUCUGGACGGAUAGCAGUUAGUUCAAAAAACGGCUCGUUCAGGACACACGGUACGAAGGAACGGGACGACGCAAUAGCGGCAGAGUAGCGAUCUUCGGUGUUCGCGUCUUUAAAAGCAAGACGACGCCCGAGGCAGAACGUCGCCUUCCUCAACCGUAGUGGCGCCGCUGGUAAUUCUGUUGUAUCGGCUGCGUUAUUGAAAUUUUUCAUCUGCGAGAGCUACAGCAGAACAACAACGAAGUAAAAAAAAAACUGUUGGGCACGACGGCUUUGAAGACUGCUGAUCUUAGGCACGAACCAUUCUUUCUCAGUGGCUGUGAGCUGAAGCUAAACGAACUCCAGUACUAUCGCUUAUCAGUAUGCUAACUAGCGCUUAAUAGUUAUUGCUAGUAUUUAACAACCUCUUAUCAGGAGCAGGAGGCGACUACAAAAUAGUCAACGUUCAUGCUCUGGCUAAUUCUCUCUUCGGAAGAAAAGUCGCAUAACGACAAAAGCUGACAUUUUCUAGACAAUAACGGUCGGCGGCGUGGCAACUCCUAACCGCAAAGAAAGGAUACGGGUAGGCCAACAUCGAAGGAUCAUCGUAAGGUAUAGGACAGAUUAGCUGAUGCUGUCGUAUAAUGAUUGUCAACAGUGGUAAUAGCACUACAGCCAAUCGUUACCACGAAAAUUAGCGAUGAGAGCGAACGAGCAAGUUGCGUCGCGUUGACGAAACAAAUACAGUGAAAGGAAUAGGUUAGAGUCGUAAGGAAUGGAGCUCGAUUAAGGCUGUCGUCAAUACUACCCCACGACGAUAGAUUAACAGGUUCGACCGACAACUUUGCUUGAUUUGUAGUAAAAGGCCCGAUUGACAUAGGGUAAGUGCGUAUCUGUGUACGUGCUUUCGUUUGCAUCGGUAGUGACCAUGUGGCGUAAUGAACGACUGUUUCGGUGAACUAUCCUCACCGGGUUGUUCGACGAACCCCGUGCCGGUGUCCCUUGCACUAAUCGUUCCUGUUUAACUGCAUUCUAAAUAUCAUUAGAAGCAUCAGAACAAAUAGCCAGUCAGUUAUAUUCGAACAGUGUCUCCAAUUAGGCGUUCCGCACUGACGCAUAAACAGCGAUCAACACGGAAAAGAAAUUCGUUAUAGAAUUGAACGCAAAAAACUUAGGAUUUUUUUUGCCCAUAACGUCACCAUAGUCUUCGCUACUCUCGUACGAUUCUUCGCUCCGUUUAGCGUUCGACUGAUUCUCGCUGAUCUGUCCGAGUCUGCCGUGGUGUCUGCGGUCACUCCUAUGUAUCUUUAUCGUAUGCAUUUCAACGACACGAUAAGCGAAGGGACGAACGCGCUAGGAAAUUUCAGUGGACGCUCAUUGCGGGCGCGUAUGGAGCAAUUUUUUUUUGAGGAGAAAUAGCGAAUUCGAGGGACAGGUAACGACAAGAAACGAUUGUUACGCAUGGAGCGAUUCAACAAGUUGUGACAGCGUUGAAACGCGGAGAAAAACACCGAACCGCAGCUUUUGAUCUUUGCUUGAUUUAUCCAUUGGUUCCUAAUUCACUUCGCUCUACCUGAGUUAGCUCGGCAAGCAGCGAAACGCCAGUGUCAUCUCUGUGUGGAGCAGUAAUCUCGGCUUUGGAGUGCGCGUGCCCAGGGCGGAGUUGCGAUAGUCUGUACAUUUGUGCUAUUUCGCUCACCAUUGAUUCUUGUCUGUGUAUUCAACCGAAAUAUCGAAGUGUUUGAGGUGCUGUGCAAGCUAGGAGUUGCCGAGGUCAGCUAUUAGACUCGGCCACAACGAUCGGUAGCUCUGGAUUACUAUAACAAUAACAUUAAUAGCAGUGGCCGCGCCAGAAGCGGCCAGGAGUAGUAGGAGUUUCUUGGAUUUGUUUCGAAGGAGCGGCCGAAGACGAGACACAGCGAGCAAACGGUAGUAGUUCGUCCAGUCGCCUUACUGCCCUGUGCUCUCCUCUAGCUACGACGACAACAACGCCAGAAAGUAUAUGCUCGAAAGGUGUUGGUCUGCCUGCCGGCUCUUAUGUGUGUAGUCUACAGGAGCAUAUCGUUGUGAACGUACGCGCUAGCGGACAUCGUAUCAUAUGCUACCUAAUAGCAGGCAGUAGACAAGUAUAGUUUUUACAUUCUAAUACAACACACUGUAAUUGAGGAGGCAGAUUUUAGCGCGCAACAGGGACCGUGGCGGUCGCGCUGCUGAUACUGUUAUGGUCACGUUCUAUUGAAGGCUAAAGCAAACAUAGUACUGAAUGAACCACCGGUUGUCUAUACGUGAUCACGGAUGUGCGUAAGUAACCAAAAGCCUGAGCAGGAGGGACUACCUAUGUGUGUACUGAUAAAGCUGAAUGCGCUGUACAUUUGUAGAUGACUUCGUCGAUGUACACCGCUAAACGAUUGGACAGUGUGUAAUAAAUACAGUUGGUGUUUUUUGAAGUAGAAACGAACAAAUAGAAAAAGGUGUGAAAACUGUUGGAUUUUCGAAAACAUUGAAGGGUCGCCACCGCCGCCGUGCUUGCGAAAUAUAUAGACGACAUUCAAAAUGUUCCGUUACUUAAGCAGACGGUGGGGUGGAAGGCAUUCACACUCCAGCACCGGCACUAAUGGUCAUAAUUCGUCGAAGCGUUGUCUCCCAUGCAAGAUUGUCAUGCUGGACGGCUCAGACCUCACUAUCGAGCUGCCUCGAAAAGCGCUUGGUGCUGAGCUAUUUGAGCAAGUCUUCUACAAUAUCGAUCUCAUCGAAAAAGACUAUUUUGGCCUUCAGUUCACGGACGCUUUCCACGUACAGCAUUGGUUAGACCCAACGAAACAGGUGCGAAAACAAGUAAAAAUAGGUCCGCCGUAUACGCUUCGGCUGAAAGUGAAAUUCUACUCGUCAGAACCGAACCUCCUUCGUGAGGAGUUGACCCGUUAUCUAUUUUUUCUCCAGCUCAAGCAAGAUGUGCUUAACGGAAAGCUACCCUGCCCUCACGAGACCAAUGUAGAACUGAGUGCUCUUUCACUGCAGUCAGAGCUGGGUGAUUUUGACCCCACCGAGCAUACACUUGAGUUAAUCUCUGAAUUCCGCUUCUGUCCUGAACAAACUGAAGAGAUGGAGAUAGAUAUCCUUGAAGCAUAUCAGCGACUACGUGGACAGAGUUCUGCACAGGCGGAACUUAAUUACCUUAACAAGGCCAAAUGGCUAGAGAUGUACGGCGUCGAUAUGCAUACCGUGCUCGGUAAAGACGGUCGAGACUACAGUCUUGGCCUAACGCCAACUGGCAUUCUUGUAUUUGAGGAGCAGACAAAGAUUGGGUUGUUUUUCUGGCCGAAAAUCACGAAGUUGGAUUUCCGUAACAAAAAGCUCACACUCGUCGUGGUCGAAGACGACGACGACGGCUGUGAACGUGAGCAUACGUUCGUAUUUCGGCUGUACAACCCAAAGGCAGCGAAGCAUUUAUGGAAAUGCGCUGUUGAGCACCACUCGUUCUUCCGCCUCAAAGCGCCGCCAGAUCACCAGCGAAACCUCAAACAGAAUCUAUUUCGAAUGGGGUCGAGAUUCCGUUACUCGGGACGAACCGAGUUCCAGGCAAUUUCGAGAAACCGGACCCGCCGAACGGUCCAGUUCGAGCGACGUCCCUCACAGCGUUAUUCACGGCGACAGUCUGCGCGCAGGCCAAAAACUAAUAAUAACGAAUCACCGCAGCAAAACGGUAAUCAUAUAACAACAACGACAAAUCAGCAUGGUGCAGCGACGACGUCAGGAAGCUUGGAGCCAAAAACGGCCUUGUCAAGAUCACGAGUGGCGAUACCGGAAACUGCUACAAUCGCACCGGGCCGCUUCUCAACUAAGAGCGUUAGUGGUCCCAAACCGUGCGCCGUGCCAACUGUCGGCUAUGCAAACAGCAGCAGCGCUGGCAGUGCGGAACAGUCUUCUACAUCGACAAAGGUCGUUAACGAUGCUGAGGAUCGACUGGACACUCUUAUUAAGUCGAUCAGCAAAGCCGUCAACCACAACAAUCUGAGUAACAAAAAUGAGUUCAAUGGCGAGAAUAAUCACCAACAGCAUCUGUCGAAGGCUCUUCCAUAUGAUGUUCGGCCAGCAGAUGCUCUCGUCGAUGACAUUGAUAGCCUGAAGAGCCCUGCAACAAAGCCUGAGUGUUCAAGAAGCGCGAAAACGUCCUCAACGACGGUUGUGACAACAUCGAACAGCGUUCUCGUCAGUGAGCCGGUACGAAACAAUUUGAAGUUUGUUGACAAACCGAAGUUCUCGCUGACUCCGCACGUCAAGAACAACAUAGCCCGUGAGCGCCAACAGGAUAAAUUUAAAACAGUCAUUUUGUGCAAUCCCGAUGGCAGUCCCGCACAUACAACACCUGUUCCUGUCAUCGAGACGACUUCCACUAUUAUUACUGCUGUAACGGCCAACUCUGGUGACCCCGUGAAAGAGGAGAACACUGCGCCCCUGAUUAUACUUCAUGACCCACAACCUGAGCUCACACUAUUAGAAGUUGGCCCUGAAGACUCGGUUGGAGGUCUUUUACCACCGCCGGACAUCACGCCUGUACCAGUCGACGAGAUCAAGAAGGUGUUCGAGGUUGCUGCCGAAGUGCACGACGUUCUUCGUCUCAACGAAGUCAACAGUGGCGAAGUGCGGCGAUCAGUGAGUUCGGCGAGCAAUAAAAACAGCAGUAGCACGAGCCCGGACGAUGAUGGUGAUAGUGGAGUCGGCAGCGGUAUCUUGAAGAAGGACAAAGAACGUCGCAUGUCAUCGUGUUCAACCGAAGAAGAGAUCUCGCCGUGGCACGUUGGCACUAUGAACGGUCGGUGUAGUUCUGGUGAAGACGAAAUUCGCAUUGAUAGUAGAAUUGUGCGGAAACGUACCAUGAUCACGACAGAACUCUGAUUCGUUGGAAAUCGAACUGAGACGAAUAGAUAAGAGUUCUCGCUUCUUAAUGUUGCUACUGACAAACUUUGUCAAUGGGGUCAUGACUCACAACGAUUGCAUCAAGAGUUCAAGAAACCGGCGUUAUAAUCCCACCUGAUCAAAUUUGUACAGUACAUAGUAAAUAUUAAACAGAAAGCAGAAAGACAACAAGUUCUUUUACUUAAGUGAUAUAGAUUUUCAUAAGUUGAUAUAGAAUAAAAUAUCAGUAUAUUACAUAUCAUCCAUACUAUGCAAAAACGAACGAAAUCUUAUAUAACGACAAUAUACCGAGUACCAAGUGGAAUUGUGAUAAAACUAAUGAAACACAGAAUAGAGAUACUAACUAUAUUUUCAUUUUAAUCUUUCCUAAUUUCUUCGACUCGCUGUUCGCCUUCCUGUAUCUGCGCGAGCGACAUCGUCGCCAAGCUCUCACUUCGCCAGUAGACUUUAUGCUAUUAGCAAGCCGCUUUAGAGGAAUCGUCGAUAAUUGGGUUAAUUACAUGACACUUCUACGCAAUUUCCAGCUGUUGUUGCAGUUUUCCAAUUGUUCGACUCAUCUCCUUGCAGUUCUUCAUGAAGCCGCAUAAGCGUCGCUGGCCACUUCUGUUUCUGGUUAGUUCGUGUCGCGCCAUCAGCCUUUGCUCUGGCAAUGUUUCGUACAGAUAUAUUCUAGUAUCGUAGUGAAUUCCACUAUGGGAACGGCGUCCCAUUGCAACAGCAAUCGUUCCUAUCCCGUUGUAUCCUAUGCGCGUUCCAUGAAGACACACGAAGUUUUGAUUUUUUCUAGCUAAGUACGCAUAGAUCAGAUUGUAAAGGGCAGGUGUAGGCUAUAUCAGGUACAUGGGGCGGGGAUGCAGGCUGAAAAACUGAACAAAAAAAAUAGAAGAACGGCUGCUGGCCAUUGUUUCCAUUACGUUGUUACGAAAUCACACCAUCAAUAGCAGAUGGGACUAUAGUUGCCCAUCUUCUUCGCUACCAGUAAAACGAAAAUAUACGCAACGUCGUGUAUCUAACGUACGUGCUAGAUGAUUUGGUAACUCGUGCAGACGACAGACAAGCGAGGUGGACAAAAGACAGCUUCGAAGUAUUUUGAAAUGCAACCUUCAUCAAGGUUGUCUUCGCUUGGGGGUGUGCUAUAAAUGUUACCCGUCGAAUUUUAAAAUCGCUGUAAGCUUAACUUGAUGGUGCUUUUGCUUAAACCGCUCAGCUAACGUCCAACUGGUUUUGUCGUGAUUUUGAUGACGAAGUUGAUUCAUCCAUAGUGCAUUUCGAUUAAUCGAAAAAGGCGUUCACGAUGGUGCCGGUAUACUGUUUACUGGAAGGGGCUCAAAGUCAUCGAUCUGAGUGUGGCCGUACGCUGUACAUGAUUAAUACGCAUUGCUGAACGAUGCAUACGACUGUGGAGGAGUCGACUUUCUGAAUUGAAAUUCUUAUCUUAUAUUGUUGACGCAUUUACGCAGUUUUGGCUUAAAUCACGUCCGAAUAGCAUGUCUUGUUUUUUUCCGGAAAGCCACUGCCGCUGAUGUCAUUUCAAGGUACUAUUGUCGGCUAUGUUUUUCCGAAGCUGCAACCCUAGCGUGAGCAAGCGAUGUAGAAUAUUAAAAAUCAUCGUAACUUGUCUUUUUUUUAUUAGAUUCUUGUCUAGUUCUCCGUUAACACGACCGCUCGUCUGGAUGCCGAAACACGUUCAAAUUACCGUGUGUCCGCAUAACCGUUAUGCCAUGGUCGGUCGAUUAUCGACCGACAAAAAUAGUCUCUUAAGAACGCGAAGUUUCUCCGCGUUGAUUGAAUAAGCAGUAAGCCAAACACGCUACAAAUCUGCUGGCCAAGCACAUCUACGAAAAGUACGCGAAGUGUUUCCCGUAACGUAAAGCCGGCAUGAGGGUACGUGGCUGACGGUACGUGUCAGUGCGUUUGUAAGAGAUAUGUCGCUCGACUAUGAACACCUCUCGGUACAAUAAUAUCGCAGCGUCAACAACACGAGAGGCAACCAGAUGACAAGGGAGUAGGGCAAAGGAUACAUAACCGCAGUAUUUGAUGGGGUGGUGGCAAAUCGGCAUACGGUCCGACGAUCCGCCUGCCGCCAUAGUGUAUGUGCAAUGGAAGCCCCAAAAACAUACCUCGAAGAUAAGCCUGCGUUCAAGUGCUUAUGUCUCGAUAGGCGAGUCAACACCUACGAACAGCUAUUCAACAAGCACACAAUAACCGUAAUCAAUGUCAGCUGAAAUCGAUUAAAGAAUGAGUGUCCAAGAAAGCACAGUUGAUUAUUGUAACAUUGCAGUUUACAAUAACUAGGAUUUCAGCAGAAUAAUCUGAACAUGAGAACUACGGCGUGAGAAAGAGGCAUCUAAUUUCAUAUCCUUCGGCAUAUUUGAUCGCUUAAAGACAUUACUUUUAUUAAGGAAAAAAAAAAAAAAAACACAUUAAAAAA